AUGGCAGGGUCAAAAGUAGUCGAACAGCUGAGCGCGCAAUUGAUGAAGGCUGCAGAAAUUGUGGAAGAACAUAUUGACAAUGAAAUGAACAGGUUAGAAAACAUGGAUGAAGAUGAACUCGAGAUAAUCCGGCGGCGUCGAUUAGAAGAAAUGAAGAAGAUGCAAAAGGCAAAACAGGAAAUGUUAUCUAUUGGUCACGGAACUUAUAGUGAAGUGGCUGAUGAAAAAGAAUUCUUUGAAGCAACAAAGAAGAGCAAAAAUGUCGUGUGCCUGUUCUACCUCGAUGGAAAUAUGAGAUGUAAAAUAGUGGACAAACACUUGAAAAUUCUCGCAGUCAAACACACUGGAACUCGUUUCAUUCACGUUAAUGCAGAAAAGGUGCCUUUCCUCGUUACACGUCUCAAUAUUCGUGUGAUUCCCACGAUUGCUAUUGUGAAGGACCAACAAACUAUUGAUUAUAUCAGAGGUUUCGACGACUUAGGUGGCAUUGAUGAUUUCAAAACAGAAGUGCUGGAGAACCGCAUAGCACGGUCUGGUGUAAUAAAAGUUGAGAAGAUGAAGGCUGAACCACAAAAGAUAAAAAUCAUACGUGGUGCUGCAAAGACCAAAGAUACUGGUGAUGAUUGGUAG